UUUCGAUAGUUUGUCUCUCAAAAAAGAAAGAAAAAAGAAUUAGGUGGCGCUAGUCGCAUGUUUGUAUAUUUUUGGAGGUUGACCCAACAAACAGGAAGGAGAUGCAGGAUGAUGGCUCCCGACACCAGCAACGCUGUGACUUCAUGUGGUUGUAAAGGCAUCCGACGCUGUCUCAUAUGUGAACAAAAUAAAGGGGAAGUGCAGCUGGAAGCCAGUAAACCAAAGGUUGUGCAUCACUUCGUUUACAACCCUGAGACGAGGCAGGCCGAUGGCGAAGGCGCAGAGGCUCCAUCCUUCCCCUUUCCUGGUGUCUUCCUGUGGGAGGACUUCAUAUCAGAAGAGGAGGAGAAGGAGCUGAUAAGCACGAUAGAUAAGGAUGCGUGGAAUCAAUCCCAGUCUGGACGAAGGAAACAGGACUUUGGCCCAAAGGUGAACUUCAAAAAAAAGAAAGUGCGUAUGGGUGACUUCUGUGGACUCCCCGCUUUGAGCCAAAAACUGAUGCUCCGGAUGCACCAAGAUCCUCACCUCGCGGGGUUUCACCCGGUGGAGCAGUGCAAUCUGGAUUACCAUCCUCGGCGCGGCUCGGCCAUCGAUCCGCACCUGGACGACUCCUGGCUGUGGGGGGAGCGCCUGGUCACCGUCAACAUGUUAUCAGACACUACGCUCACCAUGUCCCUCGAGCAGGGUCUGCCUGAGCUGGGACUGGCCGGGGAAGUCCGCGUCGCCGUGCGUCUUCCUCGCAGGUGCUUGGUGGUGUUACGCGGCGAGGCGCGGCACAGGUGGAAACACGGCAUUCACAGGGAGGACGUUCGUGAGCGCAGAGUCUGCAGCACCUACAGGGAGCUGUCUGCAGAGUUCCUGCCUGGAGGGGAGCAGGCAGAGCUGGGAGCUCAGCUGUUGAACAUCGCUUUGAGCUUUCGAGGAACUCCUGUAUAAUGUUAUUUGAUGGAUGCGAGGAAACCUGUGCAACUGCUGGAAGUUGAGAUUAAUUGGACAUUGUCUCGAACUGUGAAGAUGUGUCCCUCACAAGACUGAAGGCUCGUAGGCUGUGACUGUGCCAAAUCUAAGAAGAAAAGCAGCAGUGCCACAAAAGCUUGUAUUACUCAAACAUUUGCACUUUACGUAGGACUGUAUAGUUGAAUAUUAACUCAAGGUCUUAUCCAACCUGAAGCAGCAUCACUCGUCUUUUUAUUCUCUUAGUCCUAAGAUCUACACCAGAGGGAUAAACGUGUUUUUCCACAUAAUGGUAAUGGAGUAAUGUCUAUUAUACAUAAUUCUCCCAAAUGUGUUAAAUUAUGUUGAGAUCUAGUGAAUGUGAAAUGCCAUAAUAAUAAUCUAAAAGAUAUGCGAUAACCGGCUGAAAAUUUGUCUAAAAUUGCAUUGCAUUUAUUACCCCCCAUGUCAUUCUUGUUUUAACCACUAGAUGGAGGUAAACGAAUUGGUUUCACCUCUAAAGCAAGUUUAAUAAUUAGUUUUAUUAGAUUGUGAAAGACUGUGAAGACCACUUAUGAAUUUUACUGAUGUGUUGAACUGGAUUAAAACACACAUUUCUACCACACUGAAUUCUAUAAAUUAUAAGAUUAAAGUAUUUUUUUUUACUGCAUUUACAAUUUGGCAUUUUUGCAAAAACGAUCAAGAAACAUUGAUCAAGCUUUUGCUGUUUUUGGUUUUUCUUUAUCAGGAAAGGGGUCGUGUGGACGAGCGGAAAAGGACAAAACAUAAAAUGUACUCGAGUGCUACUGAAACUACAAGUAUGCAAAUAAUGCACGUGAUAUAUGAUCUAUUUAAGACGUAUGAACAAAAUACAAAAACAAGACACAUGGGAGUUAGGAUAUAUUAAGUGCAAACACAUGUGAAAAACAGGGCAGCAGUCGUUAAAGACUUGAAUUGACUUUUAUUAAUAGAGCGUAAAUAGCUAUCCAAACCACCAAGGCAAAGGUGAAACAAAAAAGCAGAAGCAGAACAGAAACAAAAGCAAAGCAAACACGAGCGAAGCAGAUAAAUUCACAUGUGCAUCUGGACGAAACAACAAACAAAAGUACAUGUCACAAGGUCAUGACGCGUGGGAGACCGAUGAGGAAUAAAACGAGUGGACACAGCCAGAAUUCACAGUAUUCAUCGUAAUACUUACAUGUUUCAGUAAAUGAGGUUAAAUUCAGGACGGAGCCAGUAAAAUAUAAUUGGCACCCAACCACGAAUGCAAAUAAGGUUUGUACAGAGGUGACAGUGUUAUAGCUGUGUGGUGUGUUUAUAUAUUAUGUACAACAGUCCUGCUCACCAUUAUUGGCACACAUGAAGUUUAAGUACAUACACCAACAAUUUGUUUACAGACGGCGCAAUAUGAACGUAUCACAGGACUCAUGAAAUGAGAGAAUUCGCAAGAGAUUUUACAGCGAAAUGUCCUACCCAGUGUAAGAAAACUUGGUUCGAGUCAAAGAUCAUAGGUCCUCCAGCAAGACGAAGACCCAAAGGACACAUCCAAAAGCACAAAGGAAUGGUUGAAGAGGAAAAAAAUGAAAAAAAUGUUUUAAAAUGGCCAGCAAUGAGUCCUGAUCUCAAUCCGACUGAAAAUCUUUGGUAUGAGCUGAAAUCUGCCAUCGGGAAAAAAGAAACCUGCAAACAUUCAAGAGCUUGAACAAUUUGCCACGAAAGAGUGGGAGAAAAUACCAGCUGAGAAGUGCUACAAGAAACGUUUAGAGGCUGUCAUCACUGCCAAAGGGUGUGCAACCAAAUAUUAAAGAGGGGAGCCAUUAUUGCUGCACAUGCUGGUUUUUUUUCUGUUUCUUCUUUGAAAUAACAAUAUGUAACAAUUUUCUUUGUUAAAUGACUUUUGGCCUCCAAUUAAAAGAUCCUGAUUGAUAUAAAUU